GGGAAGAAGACUUUUGGGGUGAAGCUUGCAAGCAUCACAGCGCCUUUUGAUUGCUCAGCUUAUUGAAGCUGCGUAGUGAGGAGGCGCUGCGAACUACGCGAUCAAGACACACCAGCCAAGAGUUCAACAAUUCCAGUCGUCUCGAUCUUGAACACAAUCAUCCGAGGCGACCAUAGGACUGGUCUCGAGGACCUUUGCAACGGUCAGUUUCAGUGCAAGGCGGAGAAGUCGGCUUGAGGCAAUCUGAGCACAGGGGUUGCAAGGAGAGAAAAACAUGAAGCGAACACAUUGUCGAACAGUCCACACAUGCGUGGGAAGCAAAUCCCCCAACAAGGUCAGUCUCGUUGCCAAAUCAGAACUUGUUUUGGCAAUGAUUGAGCUUGCUGUGAGAAGCGCAGCAGCUGAAAAAGUCUGUAUCCCACACAAGCAGUAUUGCUAUGGCGUCAUGCUGCUGCAACUGUCGCUCUGGGCAACCUUCCACGGAGAGCUCGUCAUUGAACUGACCAGCGGAGAUUCGGCGGACAGGCAAACGACAAGGACUCCAAGGGCUAGCAAAAGCAGCAUGCAGCAGCAUGGUGUACAUCAGACCAAGACAUCCCAGCCAAGGCCAACCACACAGGGCAAUCCAACAGGAAGCAGGCUUCAUCGCAAGGUCAGCUUCAUUGCCAAAUCAGAACUUGUUGGCAAUGCUUUGAGCUUUGAUGGGCAACGACAUGGACGACCAGCUUCACUGCAACGAUCAGUGGCGACGAUGUCAUAG